AUGGAGGAACCGCCCUUAUCGCUGAGACAGCUGGGCAUAGUGCUCUCGGAAGCUCCCUCACAUGAAGCUCUGUACGACAGCCUCAGCCAGUACGAGGACGAGGCGUGCCUGCAAUUUACACAUGCCCAAAUACUUGGGGAUGAAAAGCUGCUCAGCGCCUACUACUCAUCAUUUCUCAUCUCACACCUUCUCACCAACCAGAUACAAGAAGCUCGUGCUUUAACAAAGCGCAUGCCACCAACCCUGCUCAAGAGCGACGAGGUGCUGCGAUAUAGUAUUGCGAUUCUACGCGCAGUCUGGCAGAAUCAAUACCACGAGAUUUAUCACCUUUUAAGGAAUCAAACCUGGCCGGAGCCAGUUAAUGUCAUUGCCAAUAAAUUUGAUGCAUUUUUCACCGAGAAAACGUUUAAAGAUGUCAGCCGAGUCUACGAAUCCAUCAGACCCGAGGCCGCAGCGGAAUACCUUGGUUUAGAGGAGCUUGUACAAAACGGCGCGGGAAGUGAACCGAGCGCAGAGUUGAUUCAGACACUCGUUCAGAGAGGAUGGGAGUGGGAUGAUGAGAAGAGGCUGUUUCAACCGCACUACCCUGAAGAGUCACUGAAAGUUGGAGGGUUAAAUACAAGAUUGCAUGGGAUAAAUCGCAUUGCUGGUUUGGCAGGUAACCAUGGGAGCUGA